AAGAAGAAGAAGACGGCAAAAAAGAAGAAAGUAGUGAAAAGAAGAAAGCAAGUGGUCGAUUGAUGAUGAAGCCCUUCUUAUCGACCUUUGAUCCAAGUCAUACUUUAUCCACCUCUGAUGUGGCCGAAUUGACAUGGGAGAAUGGGCAUCUUGCCAUGCACGGGCUUGGCAGUAGUAAUUCACCAACUAGGACAGCGGGAGCGAGUCGAUCUACUUGGGACAGCAACAGUGGCACUCUUGAAUCUGUGGUGCACCAAGCCACCUGCCACGAUUGCCUAAGGACGAGUAGAUCACAGCUCCAAGGCCUUGUAAGACAUCAGAAGCCAGCAAACAUGUCAUCAGUUGUCGCAUCAACUAGUGUGGUGAGUACUGAUGAUUUGUUGCUGUAUGAGAAACGGCCAUGGCCUGAUCACUAUCAUGAGAAUCAGGCACUUGGGGAGGUCAACAACUACAGUGAGAGUGAGAGUAAGAAGUCGGUUGCCGGCUGGCAAGCCAGCAAAACGCUGAUGGGAGACGGCACAGGGACGGCGGUAGUAUGGCCGUCAACAGACCAGGCACAGAAGCCGCAGGGAGGAGGUAAUUGUUCAUCCAAACCUGUGGAAGAGGGGAGGAAUUCCUGCGGCGUGGCGUUGAAGAAGAGGAGCCAUGAAGAGGAAGAAGCUAACAACAAGGAGGAGACGAUUUCUCUCUCCACCAAGCGCAGCAGGGCUGCAGAUGUUCAUAAUCUCCUGGAGAGGAGAAGACGUGAUCGGAUCAAUAUGAAGAUCAAAGCCCUUCAAAAACUUGUACCAAACGCCAGCAAGACUGAUAAGGCAUCAAUGCUGGACGAGGUGAUAGACUACUUGAAGCAACUGAAAUCGCAGUUGCACAUGAUGAACCAACGAGCCAUCCCAUGCACGCCCGGUAUGAUGACACCGUCCAUGACCAUGCAGCAGCAAUUGCCUCUCAUGGGGCACAUGAUGGGAAUUAUGGGAAUGGGCAUGCCGAUGCCACUUAUGGACAUGGUUCCCGUCGGAUUACCACCAGUGCCACCUCUGGCGGGGCUCAUGCCACCGCCGGCGACGCCACCAUUCAUUGCACCACCACAAGCGGUGGUUGCCUCUGCUCCCUCACUUGUCAACCAGGAUUCAAUACUGUCAUCAACUUCAAGCCCUCCUGGGGAUCCGUACUAUGCGCUCCUGGCCCAGUCUAUGAAUUUUCAUUACUAUAAUAAGAUGGCGACGUUCUACCAACAAUUGCAGCAAUCCACAAAUGCUACCCGUUCCUCGCAGAACCGCAAUCCUUGAAUGACGUUAAUUUUCCAGCUACGUGUUGGCGUGGGUGUAAUUUUCUCAUGAUGUGACAUUACAAGUUGCAAGUGGUCA